UGCAAAUUUAAUUUUAGGCAUUGAAACUUUUACAGAAUAAUAAUGAAUUAGGAAUCGCUUACUAUUAACAAUUUUAAAAUAUCUUUCUGUGGUAGAAAUGGUGAGAGUACUAUGCUGUCUCUCCUGCCUGAUCGUCAUCUUGUACUGUAUGUCACGCAAUGCUGCCCUCUACAGUCGGUCCUGAGUUCUGACGCUUGAGUUUUGUCGCCGAGCAUAAGUAACGACAUUGUUUAUUGGACAACAAUAGUUUAUUUGUCCUUGUAAUUGAGUAACCUAGUUGGUGGCAUUGAAAAAUUUAAAAACACAUAUUUAAAGAGCAAUAUUAAAGAGGCGUCUGCGUGUACUCGUGACGGCCUCUAGAGGGCAUCAUCUGUCAAUUCUUCUCUACACGUGCGACAGGUGCUGCGAGAGGGAGAAAAUUACCUGUUUGUGAGGAAAGUGAACGUGUUGACAAAUCACACGCUUUUUACAUAGUAAAAUGACUCAACACUUCUUAAACUAACUGCAGCAUGUCCAUUCUCUUAUCCAUUUGUGUUGUUAUUAUUUUCAAAUCUCAAAAUUACACACUUGAUGCUCAUCAAAACAGCGAGAUCACGAUUGAUCCUUUCCCCUCAAACUUUUCUGUAUAGCUUUUAUUUUCUUCAAACGAACCUCUGUUGUCUUUCUCAUUAAACUCGAGGGAUCUUUAAUCUCAGUCUUUUAUUAGUUUUCUAAUCCUUUUAUCUGCCCUUCACGGGUGGUCGAAGUAUCUGUCUCUAGCCUUGCUUUCAUCCCUCUGUGCUCCCAUUAGUUUUCACUAGUUAUCGUUGUCCCUCCCGUUUCACCUCUAAUGCUUAAGGGGAAAAGCCGCACUGUGGAGCUUGAGAGGCGCGUCCUCAAACGCAAAGCGCAAGCGCGCACUAGUUGCCACAGGCCAGUGACGCACGGACGCGCAGCUGCCCCGAGGCACCGCGAGUGCAUUAGCGGCACACUAUGUGCCAACUGUCCCACCUGACACAGUCCGCUGCGGGACAUGGGGCAAAUACUGCGUACGAGCGCACACCGGGCAAGGCUUGACCAAGGAAGGCGCUGGAGGAUGGCAAUAUCUACACCAAACGUCUUUGCAGUCCAUUGAUGCCAUACGAAAAUAAAGAAAAGAGUUGAGUACAGUACAAUAGACUAUGGCGAGAAGUGCUGAAAAAAAGAUACCGUUUUUGGGCAUGGAGCCAUAGCUGAUCACUCUUAGUCUCUCUCCAAACCUGCUAAGCCCAACUGUCCCACUUACUCCUUCAUGUUCUGGCAUCCAUCAUGCUGUAUGGGCAGGUCCUGCACCGCCGAGGGCCAGAGGAGAGCUUCAUCAACCUCAACGUUGGCGGCUUUAAGCAGCAAGUGGAACGGGUGGUCCUUCAACGCUUCCCUCACACUCGACUGGCCCGACUGCUCUACUGCAGCUCAGAGGCCGCUAUUCUCCAGCUUUGCGACGACUACGCCGCGGCCGACCGCGAGUAUUAUUUCGAUCGUAAUCCAUGUUUUUUCCGCUACGUGCUGAACUUCUACCAUACUGGAAAGAUCCACCUGAUGGAACAGUUGUGUGUGUUUAGUUUUAGCCAGGAGUUGGAAUACUGGGGCAUCAAGGAGCUUCACCUGGACGCUUGCUGCAGCAACAGAUUUCAAGAACAGAAAGAAUUCGUUGGAGAUUCCGACUGGGGAAAUGAUGAUGACGCACAGAACCAGCUGCCGGACAGCUUAGACUCGUCCAUGGAGGAGCUAUCAGCAUAUGACAAAGACCUGGAAAUGUUCGAGGGCACUUGGUGCUCCGAAAAGCGCAAGCAACUCUGGUUGCGACUGGAAAACCCUGGAUACUCGUGCACUGCGAAAAUAAUAGCGGUGUUUUCCCUGAGUGUGGUACUGAUAAGUAUCGCCGCCAUGUGCGUUCAUAGCAUGCCUGAGUUCCACAAGAUGGAUGAUAAUGACAAGGAGGUGGAGGACCCAGUGUUGGCUGGAUUCGAGACUUUUUGCGUCCUCUGGUUCUCCAUCGAGUUCAUCCUACGAUUAGCUGUCACACCAUGUUUGCGCAAAUUCCUGUGCAAUGCGCUAAACAUCAUUGACUUUGCCUCUAUUGUUCCGUUUUACGCAACGUUGGCCUUCGAAACCGUCUAUGCUGAGGAAAGCGAGGAGCUUGUGAACAUGGGAAGGGUUGUGCAGAUCCUGCGCCUCAUGCGAAUCUUUCGCAUCCUCAAACUGGCGCGGCAUUCGGUGGGGCUGCGUUCGCUCGGGGCGACUCUCCGUCACAGCUACCACGAGGUCGGACUCCUCAUCCUCUUUCUCUCUGUGGGAAUCUCUAUUUUCUCAGUGCUCAUAUAUUUUGUAGAGAAAGAGGAUGAGGAGUCGGAAAUACAGACCAUACCGGUGGGCUGGUGGUGGGCGACGAUCAGCAUGACCACAGUGGGAUAUGGCGACACGUAUCCUGUCACGCUGGCUGGGAAACUCGUCGCCACCUUGUGCAUCAUCUGCGGUCUGCUUGUAGUCGCCCUUCCUAUUUCCAUCAUCUUCAACAAGUUCUCCAAGUACUAUCAGAGACAGAAAGCCCUGGUGGAGUCCGACCAGCUCCAGCCAGACGAUGAAAAACAGCCACAUCUCAGCAUGCCUUUUCUUCAUAUAGGAGACCUCUACGGCCAAAAGAUAAAUUCUCUGGCGCGCAGCGCAUCCUCCAAGAGUAGCGUAGGGAGCGAGGGAGACUCCACUGAUGCUUCCAGCAUUCAAGAUGUUGAAAUUGCCUGCCCUGCUGGGAUGCCACAGGCUGACAAAGCGACAUAAAAGCCAAUAUGCACAACCCCAAAUGAACGGAGUGAGAAGAAACGAGAAGAAACUUACUCCGUCAGAUCUGUAGCACAUGUCGAGGAAAGACUCUCGUUUCUUACUGGGAAACUCCUGGACUUUCUAUCAACAGCACUUUUUCUCUUUAGUUCUCAGGGUGAAAAUGUCUCAAGCUUUCCAUUAUUUAUGGAUCAGAACCUGUUAUGGAACCUGUAUCUUAACAACAGCCCAGUGCUAACAGUAGCAUUGAUGCUCUAUACCCAAUUAAUAGCACUGAUUGACAGGUGUUUUUUUUUAUCCUUUGGGCAAGCUGUGCAUUUAAUUACAAGACUUUUUGCAGUGCCUGUGGGAAAAGAACUAUGCUUAAAUGUUUUAUAGGCAGUGACAGCAUCUAAAAUGCUGGACUUCAGAUGGCAUGUUGGUGUACACCGUCCUCCCUAAUGUGUCCAUCAGAGAGGGAAGGACGGAAAGAUUGCAUGCAUAUUUCAACGAGAGAGGGGAGAGGCCACAAGAGAAAAGAGGAGAGAAGAAAGCAGGGAAGAGAUGUUACAGUUGAAUAAAGUGUUGAUGUAAAGCA